AUGGAGGAGACAAUCGCUGAACUGCGACGUCAGCUUGAGGAAGAGAGACACGCGCGAGAAGAAGAGAGAAAAGCGCGAGAAGAGGCAGAGCGUCGUGAAGAGGAGGAGAGACAUGCGCGAGAAGAGGCAGAAGGGCGACUACAACCCAACACACUUCUUCGCCUUCUCGAUCGCUGCCACCACACACUCUCUCAAUCGAUCCAAGUCGAGACGGAUGCGACCCUCACCACCCAGGGAGACGCGACCGACCCAGUGAACCGACUGUACCCCAAGAAAAUCAUCCCUUGGCUUAAUUUUCCCCAACUACAGGAACAAGUCUGGGGGAAAUUCGACCGCACCGCUGCCUUUACCUCACGCAAACUUUUCCCUUCCGAUACCCAAAUCGAUUAUGUCAUUACGAACAUCCAGAACAGGAUCUAUUCGGAAGCGUCUCUCCGGAAUUUUGAGCGAGACACGGUUGAUAACUUUGUCGAAAAAAUCAUUAAGGCUUUACGAGACGACGAGCCCCUUCGACACGAGUUCGGAAUCGAAGGCCGCGUCACCUUCUAUGAUCGCGCAAACCCAUCGGAAACUGCGCUGGAGAACAGCCUGGACCAACUGAAUCUUCAGGACGCGCAAACACCCAAACGACCAGCGAACACUGGGCAUGGAAGAGACAGAGGAGGAGGGGGAGAAGCGGCGCAGAGACAGAAGAGGGUUGGCACUGCAAGGAGACGCAAUCGGCGCGCCGACCAGUUCUGCGUGCACCUUGUAGCUGAUGAACGACAAAUUCCAGUGUAUGCAGUGGAGUUCAAAGCGCCGCACAAGGUGACAAUCCCCGAAUUGGUGGCAGGUCUACAUCAGAUGGAUCUGGCUCGCGAUGUCAUUGACCAGGAAGGCGACACAUUUGAAUUUUAUGCUACCCGCCUCGUCGCCGCUGUGGUCACUCAAAUAUUCUCGUACAUGAUCGACAGUGGAGUUCGAUACGGCUACAUCUGCACAGGAGAGGCUUUUGUUUUCCUCCAUAUCCCAAAGGAUGAUCCCACUAUUAUCCAAUAUUUCUUGUGUAUCCCAAAUCAAGACGUGCAAGCGGACGAUGAGUUGCGCCUUCUCCGGACAGCUAUUGGUCAAGUGCUUGCGUUCACCCUUCAAGCGCUAGCCGUCGAACCUCCGACUCAAGAAUGGCAUGAUACGGCGCACAACAAGCUAACCACCUGGGAGGUCGAAUAUCUCGACGUGUUGAGAGAAAUUCCCGAAACUCUCCGUAAAGACCCCCAGGCCUCUAAUUAUCGGCCGUCGCACUGGAAACGAGAGCGGAAGCGAGAUCGGAAAAUACACAACACGCGCUCUCGCGCUCGUUGUCAACCAGGCACAUCUACACCGAAACACUCGUCGACUGAAGGCAGCGGUAGUGAUCAAGAAUCGUACUCGCCAUCUACCGCAGCAGCAUCGCGCACCCGAUCAAGCCACGGGAGAGGCAACAACCGUAAGUCAACUAGAGGAAGCGAAAGGACACGAGCCAGCCGGGAGAACAAACAGACUUCUCCAGAAGACGGGAAAGCUACACGACCAUAUUGUACCAUUGCCUGCAUCCGCGGGAUUAUCAACCGAGACCCUCUAGAUAAAAGAUGCCCCAACUGGAAACAUCACGGUACUCAUCAUCACUCCAUGGGGCCGCAGGAGUUCACACGCCAGCUUCAUCGUCAACUUGUACGAGAUCGAGACCAUGGGUUUGAACAGCUGCAUGUCUGUGGUCGGACGGGCUACCUCAUGAAAGCCACCCUUCUUUCACGCGGAUACACCGUGAUCAUAAAGGCUACGACUAUGGAGAAGCAACAUCGCCUUCAAAUGGAGGUGGACAAUUAUCGUCACCUUAGGAACUUGCAAGGACAACAUAUCCCUGUCUGUCUUGGGGACUUUAAGCCUCGCGUUGCAUAUUGGUACCAUGGCGAAUUAAUGGCCCAGAUGAUGAUUUUGAGCUGGUCUGGAACGCGGCUUCAGCAUGUCAUCAGCGAUGGGAAUUCCAGCUUCUUUCACCAAGAGCGCAACAGAGCUCUGGCUGUGCUCCGGUCGCGCGGAGUUAUCCACGGCGACAGUGAGUGGCGUAAUAUGCUGUGGGAUGACCUGAGUGGUCGUUUGGUCGUCAUCGACUUGGAGGACGUGAAAUGGUUGAAGCGCCCUCGGGCCCUUGAACCCACGUCUGGCAAUACACGGCGCAGUCAUUGCGUCGGAGGUAGGGAAUAUAAGGACGGCCUGAAAAGAGUGGAAAUGUGCGAUAUAGCGGUGCCUUAA